AUGCAAAACACUUAUCCAAGUUAUUAUAAUGAAUAUCUACGUUCAUUUAUUGAAAGUGUUACUCAACGCAAUAUUUACACGGAAAACCUGAAAUUAACAUCGGAACACUUGAAUUCGAACAGUUUACUGGGUAACUUAGCACUAUGGAAUUUGUUUUUCGACGGAUGUCCUAGUAAUUCACUUAGACAAAAAGAUUCUACACAACAAUAUCAAGUCAAUAAUGAUUAUUACCGUAAUGAUGAUAUAUUGAUAUCUACACAAGACAUGGUAGCAGCUAAUUCAUCAAUGAAACCUAUUGACUUAUCAGUACUGUCAACGAAUAUGCAACAGUGUGGAACUAUUAAUAACUUGUCUGUUGACCAGCCACUAACAAAAAUUAAUGAAUCGUUGAUUACAAAUCCUUAUUUAAAUUAUUACUAUAAUCCAAAGGAUAUUUCAUCAAUAUUGAAUAAACUGAAUAACUUAUUGAGCAUAAAUAAUCCUUAUAUGGAAUUAAUGCACCAGCCGUCUGUGAUAAGUAAUUUAAACACGUCACAAUCCAAAUUUUCUGUGGAUCCCACGUUGUUUUCUACCAAAGGUGAUAUAAACAAUAAUGACAAUCAUAAUUCGGUAGUUAAUGUUUCUCAAGAUGGACAAUUAAAUGCAUCACAACCGUGGGUUAAAAAACCUAAAUUUUCAAUCUUAGAAUUAAUUAACACACCAAAAAAUGUAGUCGACAAUUCUACAACUGACCAUAGCACCAAAGUUUCUGGUACUAAAAAAUCAGGAAAUAACACAAGAAAUAAGCGUUUCAAGUGUCAGCUAUGCAAUCACAUAUUUUCUACACAAACUAGCCUAUUAAAACAUACAAAUAGUUUGCAUACUACUCAAUAUUUGAGGCAGGCAAAUUCACCGGGUGUUCCUUUAACUUCAUCAUCAGUAAAUGUAACAGAAAGUAAUGAACUAGUGAUUCAUGACAAUAAAAACGGGAAAGCAUAUCAAAAUGUGUAUGGUUUGAAUAGAUCACGAAAUGUUUUGCCAAAUGCUGGUGGUAACUCAUCAAUAGGACUUAGUGUUAUUUCUUCGAACUCUAGGAGUAGAAACAAGGAUUGUUGUAAUAGUGACUAUUCAAGUCAAAUGAAUCCUAUGAUGACCCCAACAACAACAGUGACAUCUGUACCAGAUCAUCAUUAUGCACAUCCAUAUUUCUGCCAUUUGUGUAAUAAAGUAUACUAUUCAAUGUCUGCAUUGAAAAUGCAUGUACGUACGCAUACAUUACCAUGUAAAUGUAAUUUAUGCGGCAAAGCAUUUUCACGGAUGUGGCUAUUAAACGGACAUUUAAGAACUCAUACGGGUGAAAAGCCAUUUGCAUGCAUGAUAUGCACCAGAGCAUUUGCUGAUAGAUCCAAUUUAAGAGCACAUAUGCAAACACAUUCUGAAGUAAAACGUUAUCAAUGUCUACAUUGUGAUAGGACAUUUUCGCGCAUGGGUCUAUUAACUAAACACCAAACCACUUCAUGUCUCCAACAAAUGAAAAAAUCAACAAAAUCACGAAAUAUUAAUAAAACUACUGAAUAUAUAUUUGACAAUAAAAUUGUACCUGAAUCGAAAAAAUUAAGACAUGUUCAUUGA